GAUUAUGUUUUUUUGUUCUGUGUCCUUUGCAUUUGCAUUGCGCCUCGUAGAAGCAGAUACACUAAAUUCCAAUUCUAAGAAUUAAGACUUCUUCAUCAUCAUCAUCACAGGAAACUGAGUUGAAAGAUUGUCAAAGUCUAUCUGAAACAAUCUCUAUAGAGUAUAGACUUUUGUGUUGAAUUGUAUCAAAGUCUGGAAUAGUACUUGGCCAUCAAUUUUAAUACAAUAAUGGCUCUUCCUGGUUCCCUGCAACUGUCCCAUGGAUUGGGAUUUUGCAGGAACCUGAGCUUCAAUAUAGAUCAGAGGAGGGUAAAGGGGAGAUGCAAAUCACAGUUAUUCAAUACAUUUCCUUCGUAUCCAGUUUCGUUCAUGAAACAGGACUACAGGGGUCUUCAACACCUCCGUCAUGUAAACAGGUCAACACUUACAUUGUCUUGCAAAUCCCGCUCUUUUAAAUGUCAUUGUUUUUUAGUGCCCGGACAAGGAAUUGGUCUUCCUGCUGUCAAGGUGGCUACUACAGUGCUGGCAAGGUGCUGUAAUGUGUUACAAAAUAGUUCAGUCAUUGUAAAGUUGAUUUUUCCUGCUGUUGGCAUUAUCAUUUUUGCAGUAUGGGGUGUUGGACCAUUAAUGUUUCAGACAAGGAAACUGUUCUUUCAGAGGAGUGAUAAUAGUUGGAAAAAGAGUACCACUCAUUACAUAGUAACUUCAUACCUUCGACCAUUACUGUUAUGGACUGGAGCCGUACUUAUUUGCAGAGCAUUUGAGCCAGUAAUUUUACCUACAGAAGCUAGCCAGGCUGUUAAGGAACGACUUUUGAAUUUUGUUAAAUCAUUGUCAACUGUAGUGGCUUUCGCCUAUUGUUUAUCAAGUGUAAUUCAACAAGCACAGAAAUUUGUAGCAGAGAGUACUGAUGCAAGCGAGACAAGAAAUAUGGGGUUCCAAUUUGCAGGCAAAGCUGUUUAUUCUGCAGUAUGGAUUGCUGCCUUUUCAUUGUUUAUGGAAUUGCUGGGCUUCUCCACCCAGAAAUGGGUCACUGCAGGAGGUUUUGGGACAGUUUUGUUGACUCUUGCUGGUCGUGAGAUAUUUACAAACUUCCUUUCAAGCGCGAUGAUUCAUGCUACUCGGCCGUUUGUGGUAAAUGAAUGGAUUCAAACGAAGAUUGAAGGAUAUGAGGUUUCUGGCACUGUUGAGCAUGUUGGCUGGUGGUCACCAACAAUCAUUCGAGGUGAAGAUCGUGAAGCUGUACACAUUCCAAACCACAAAUUUACAGUGAAUGUUGUGCGGAACCUCAGUCAAAAAACACAUUGGAGAAUCAAAACCCACCUAGCCAUUAGUCAUUUGGAUGUAAAUAAGAUUAAUAACAUUGUUGCUGACAUGCGGAAAGUAUUAGCCAAAAAUCCUCAAGUUGAGCAGCAGAGGUUGCACAGGAGAGUAUUUUUGGACAAUAUAAACCCUGAAAACCAGGCUCUUAUGAUUCUGGUGUCUUGUUUUGUUAAGACCUCACAUUUUGAAGAAUAUUUGUGUGUUAAGGAAACUAUACUAUUGGAUCUUCUUAGAGUUAUCAGCCAUCACCGAGCCCGGCUUGCAACACCAGUUCGUACCCUGCAGAAAAUAUAUAGUGAUGCUGACUUGGAUAACAUACCAUACACAGAUUCUGCUGGAACAGUAACUAACCGUCCACUGUUAGUGAUUGAAUCGCCUUACAAGAACAAUGCAGAUGAUAAAAUGAAAAGUCGAUCAGCACGUGCAACUGUUGAUCAAGAUAACAAGACAACUGUGCGAAACAAACUCGAUAUCAAGACAGAUGACAAAGUUGGACCAACAGGAGCACCAGAUAUCAAGGUUAGAGGAACUCAAGAUGACUCUGAGGUGAAUGCCAAAGUCAUAGCAUUUAAUUCCGAUGUAAAUGGAAACUCUAAACCUGACCAUGAAGUCGGUGAAAACAAGACACUUAAAUCAAAUUUAAACAAGGAAAAUGUAGAGGUGCCAGAAAUGUCAUCUAUUUCCAACUCCAAGGGUCAAACCAUUAAAAACAUCAAGCCAAACAUCGACUCUGAUAACCUAGUUUUCUCAUCAACAACCAACACUGACAAAGCCAAUGGACUUCCUACAAAUAUGCCAACAAAACAGCAAGGAGAAAGGAAAUCUGCUCCAUCUAGGCCUGUUCUUGAAGAGAAUCUAGUACUGGGAGUUGCAUUGGAGGGAUCAAAGAGGACACUUCCUAUUGAUGAGGGGAAUGACACAGUGACAACUCAAGAUGCAAAGGAAAUGGCUGCAUUCCAGGGUGGAAAUGGAUCUCCAAAAGCUACUGAUGGGAAUGUAAAUUAAAUGGCAGCAGCGUGCGGUGAGUUGGAAGCUACACUUUAAAGCUUCAGGAAAUCCACGUUCGAUAUAAAUUGGAACGUGAAAUUUUUAUUACAAAAGCAUAUCCAUACAUUACCUAAAUAAAAUGACAGUGACAUGUAAUGAAAUAUACACAUUUUAUGUGCAAUAGUGCAAGCACCGGUCAUUGUUACAAAUGUGGCUUAUUUUUCUA